AACCGUCAGUCUUCUUUAAGGUCAGAUCUGACUACAGGAGACUAACGUUAUAACUUGGACAUGUUUACUGGUCUGAUCGAACACCUUGGAACAGUGUCUGUCAUCCACCGGGAUGAUGGUGGUUGUGCUUUAACCAUAUCACAGUCGGCGCCUAUCUUAGUGGACUGUCACAUUGGUGACUCCAUAGCCGUCAAUGGGGCAUGUUUGACAGUUGUUGAAUUCGAUGUCGAGCGUGAUGGAGGAUAUUUUAAAAUAUGGCUAGCCAACGAGACUCUCAGCAGGACUGAUCUGGGCGACCGCAAGGUUGGUGAUCAGGUGAACCUUGAGCGCGCCAUGGGUGCCCAUGUUCGAUUCGGUGGUCACUUCGUGCAGGCUCAUGUUGAUAUAACCGCGACCAUUCUCAAGAGAGCUCUUGAUGGCGAUUCGUUGCGUCUUUGGUUCCAACUUCCAGAACCAACCGCAGAAAGACCUUCUCUUCUUCCUUACAUUAUCCCCAAGGGUUAUGUCACUAUAGACGGUGCUUCCCUAACCGUUACUUCCGUCGAUGAUGCCCAAAGGAUGUUCGGUGUUAUGCUUAUCCAACACACACAGCAGAAGAUCACCUUGGCAAAAAAGGCCAAUGGCGAGAGAGUAAACAUCGAGGUUGACAUGGUGGGCAAGUACGUAGAAAAGAGCGUAUUGGCCGCUCUGGAGGGUGGUGGUGGAGAGGCCAUGCGGACCUUCGUCCAGAGAAUUGUGGAGGAAACGCUCGUCAACAAGGGUAUUCUACCUUCUGCUCUAGCCUCUAAUGACAGUGGUAAUGCUCAGUAGUUAAACGAGGCCACUGAGUAUGUGCGUUAUUUUGACAUGUACAAUAAACGCCAGUGUGGCCUUUUGAUGCUCGGCUAUCGCAAAUACAUCCGACAGUCAAUAUUAAUGAAGUGACUAUUUUGUGGACACA